AUGAAUCCAAAUACUUCAUCGCUCCAUGAUACCAAGUCAUUGGUCAACUCAUUUAAGUCUGUUUCUUCAUUUAAAAAGGAUUUAACACAAAUGAGUGUUGGAGGAAUUACUGAUUUCAUAAGCGAUUAUUCAAAAAUUAUGGUUUCUCUUUCGAAGAAUUAUGCAUCCAAUCAAUCUUCCAAUUCUGAGGUUGAUUCCAUAAGUAGUUAUAUUGAUACGGUCCAAGAUGUGUUGGAUAUUAUAUCAAAUUGCAUGACGGCAUUGCAAUCAUAUACCAAUGACAAGUAUAGCUCAGUAAUCGAAAAUAUGAUUUCAGUGACAGCAUUGACGACAAACACGACAGACCCACAUGUUUUGAAAAAUGAAGCUUUCGAGGUAGUGAUAUUACCAGAUUUGACGAAUCAAACAAGUAACCAACCUCUUGCACUCAAUGGAAGCAUCACCAUUGCAACGCCAGAUUCAUUAAUUUCCAAAACUGCUCAAUCAGGAAAGAAAUUAUCAUUAGGAAGUGUCAAGUAUUUAUAUAGCUCAAAGAUCGUACCAAGUCAAACCGUACAAUUUGAAUUUAACUCGACCACAACAACAAUCAUUGCAGAUACUUCGCAAGAUUUGUUGAAUACUAUUCAAUCUCUUUCGAACAAUUUCACAAGCAAUUCCACCCUAUCAACCAAUAAUUCAUCAUCAUCUACCCCAUUUGUUCGUGUUUCCAUUUCUCCAAUUAUAUCUGUGGAAUAUUUACAGAAUGGGUUGAUUACUGCUCUCACCAAUUUGUCAAAACCUAUCCGAAUGAACUUUCCAGCUGUCAACACUUCCAUGAUUUCUCAAAUUGAACAAUUUACGAAACCUUUCAACCUCAAAUAUAACUUUAUAUGUAUGUAUUGGAAUGAAACUCUGAAGGCAUGGAAAUCGAAUGGAUGUGUCACACUUCAGAAAUCGAGUGAUUCAAUUACAUGUGAAUGUGAUCAUACUACCAAAUUCACUUCAUUUAUUGAGUUUUCACAAGCAACGCGUACAAACUUCUCAUCAGACCCACAAUUAAUGGCUCAAAUUAUCAUUUCAUACAUCUUUAUCAUUUGCAUUGUAGUAAUCUUUGUCGGAUUGCUUAUCAUGUCAAAUAUCAAAUCUUUUACCAAACAACCAAUUAAGAGUCGAUGGAUUUUCCCAUACCUUUCACUGAUUGCUCUCUUCAUAGAAAAUGCCUUUUCCAAUAUUGUCUCAGACUCGAUUACACUUAGCAUUAAUAAUGGAACGUCAAACAUUAGUUAUGAUUCUGUGAAUAUUAUCAGAGACGUGUCUGCCAUGGUUGUAGUUACAUUGGUCUCGUUGGCGAUUUGGAAUUUUGUGCUGAAUCACCUUAGAUACAUUCUAUUCAGAUACAUGUACGAAAUUAUGUUUAACGAGAGACAAGUAUCUUUACAACAAGUGUCACCAUUUUUGAAACUCAUUUCCAGGAAGAGAUUUAUGAUGCUUUCAAAUUGUGCCAUGAGUGUUCAAGUGAAUUUGAAUUUCUAUUCAACUUCAUCUUUCCUACGAAGAUUGCAACAUUUCUUUUCUACCAAUGACAGAUUAUUCUUUAGAUUAGAGGCUGUCAUAUUUUUCACAUCGAUUGUGUUCUAUAUUGUUGCUUAUGCAUUAGGUUUUUCUGUUCUAUCAAACUCCUCAACAAGCUCAAUCACAAGCACUUAUUCACAAAUAACUACCUCCGAUGAUAUGAACACAAUUCUCCAAUUGGCGUUCAAUUUGGUUUUUCAAACAUUAUUUGAAGCUGGAUUUAUCAUUUCAUUUGGUGGAUUGGUAUUUAUUGGUGCAUUUAUUAAGAACUCCAAGAAUGUAUCAACAAGAGACGCAUCAUCUUCAACAACUAUGAACAUGGAUCAGAAUGAACAGGAUGAUGUUUCUAAGCUUUUGAAAAAUCCAAGCGCCAAAAAAAGUAUUUGA